ACGUGUCCAAAGACAGGCAGCUCGAUUUGUUACUAACACCUAUGAGAGAGAAGCGAGUGUUACCAAACUUCUGAAUUCUCUGGGGUAGAACCCUCUCCAAGACAGACGUGAAGCUCACCGUUUGACCUGUUUUUACAAAAUUUUUAAAUGGUCAGCUCGAUAUAGAUUACAAGACCUAUACCAAACCCAAACCAAUUAGGAGCAGACGAGGGCAUUUGAUCCAAUUUGUGAUUCCAGCUACCAAGAUAGAUGUGUACAGCAAUGCGUUCUUCCCCCGCACAAUUAAAGCAUGGAAUAAUCUUCACCCUACCAUAGUUACACAACCAGAUGCAACUAAAUUUAAGGUAGCUCUUUCUUCCCAAAAACCCUUUCUGGCUUAAGUCUGCCCUCCACCACCUCCAGUGUAAAUUCCAUUUGGAAUAUUUUGGAGGACCAAGAAACCAAGAAACCAAGAAACCACACCAGCGUUUUGUUUUUAUAUCCCCACGUGUUACUGUCAAUCGCCUUAUUUUCUUUAUCCAGCCCAGGAUUCAUUCAGCACAAAUUCAGUGAUCAUUCAGAGUGAUCUGCAAUUUCUUUACAUAUUUCACUUCAUAUUUAUUAAUAAAAAAAUGAAUUUGAAUCGAUCGAAAGAUACUGCAGUGCCAGUGAUAAUGCUGAGUGAUCUGCAGUUCCUUUGUAUAAUUCUGUGUUUAUUUAAGAAAAACUUUGAAUUAAUUGGAAGGUACAGCAGUGUCAGUGAUAAUUUAGAUCUGAAAUGUCUUUAUAUGUUCUUUUAUUUUAAGAAAAGUCUCUGAAUUGAUUGAAAGAUACUGCAUGGAAAAAGUCUUAUCUCUGAUUAUUUUUGGUUCCUUUAUUUUGUUUCCAUUGCAGAUGCAGAAGUUAGGAUCUAUCCAGCCCCUCAAGGGAAUGCAAAGAUGCAAGAUUUUCAAAUGCAAUAAAGUAGGUCGCAGCCCCGGGAGAGAUGAUCGACAGGCGCAUGUGACGCAAGGCGGUGCGCUCCCUCAAAAGGGUCUGGCGUACAUGCAUGCGGUGGCUCUGUCCAUGCAGAGAGAGCGCUAAUGUGUAAGAGCUCCCUGCAAGCGAUUCAAGGCUGACUGCAACUCACAGCGUCGGAAGCAUGAAUGAGAUCAAACUCGCUGUGUUGGGAUCAGAAGGGGUCGGGAAGUCAGCGCUAAUCGUGCGUUUCCUAACCAAGCGUUUUAUUGGCGAGUAUGCGUCCAAUUCAGAGUGCAUCUACAAAAAGCGUUUAUCUGUGGAUGGACGGCAAAUUAAUUUAGAAAUAUUUGAUCCAUGUUCCCAAAAUUUAGAGAAUAAGUCGUUACUAAAUGAUCAGGUGAACUGGGCUGACGGGUUUGUUGUGGUGUAUGAUAUUGGUGACCGAACCUCCUUUAUCUCAGCAAGAACUCUCAUUAAACAACUACGAGAAACGAACAGUGAAAUUUACAAAAGAGAUGUUACGUCAGUGAUAGUUUUGGUUGGCAAUAAGCAAGACCUGUGUCACGUGAGAGAGGUGAGGAAGGAAGAAGGAAUGCUCUUCGCCGGAGAAAACAAAUGCCACUUUAGCGAGCUGUCGGCAGCUGAAGAUCGGCAGGAGGUCGGGACGAUGUUUUCAAAGGCCAUCAGGAACGCAAGUGGGAAUCGCAGGAGGAGACCCAGUGGCUCAAAGUCGAUGGCCAAGCUCAUCAACAAUGUGUUCGGUAAAAGAAGAAAGUCCGUGUAGCUCCACGUAAACCACCUUGUUGAUUAUGUGUCGGAAAGAACUGCGGAUGCUGGUUUAAACCGAAGAUACACACAAAAAGCUGGAGUGAUUCAGCGGGUCAGAUAGCAUCUCUGGAGACAAGGAAUAGGUGACGUUUCGGGUCGAGUCCCUUCUUCAGAUUUCUUCUUCUGAAGAAGAAGUGUCUCAACCCGAAACGUCACCUACUCCUUUUCUCCAGAGAUGCUGUCUGACCCGUUGAGUUACUCCAGCUUUUGUGUCAACCUUGUUGCUUAUGUUGGGACAAGUGUACAGCCUGCAAUAAUACCUGGUGACUCCAACCUUUCUGAUCAUUCUACAUCAACAGAGAAGUCAAUACUCUUACUGUAAAUAGCUCUAAGCUUCCCCCCAGUCUAGUUUCAGUCAAAAAUCACUGAGUCAAGCAUCUAAACUAUAUUUUGGCAAAACACAAUUGCAGUUCCACUACUAUACCUAACCACCACAGGUUUGAUCCUUGUGUCUGCCUGAUCAAGCCCUCUUUAGCCUUGCUCAAGCAGAGACACUCCAGAAGGUCACGUAGUCCUAAGCAUUCUCCCAGAUGAUCGACACAGGACCUCGUGUGAGCAGUCUUUUAUAGGUGCCCGAACCACAUAGGGGUUGUCUCUUUACUGUUCAAUAACAGAUAUCGAUUAACCCAGUACAUGAUAAACUUUCCCAAACCCAAUAAUACAGUGACUAAUACAAUGUAUUCAAACGAUGUUUCUGAAAGGAAGCAAACAUCGCAACAUGUGCCUUGACAUUCAAGAAAACCAGACAAGGCUCAAUAAUUAAUCCAAUCAACAUCUAGCAAACUAAAGCUUUCCAACAUUACAUACAAUGUGUAUGUCUGGUUUGCAUUCAACCAAUCCAUUCCAUGCAAUUUGCACCUAAUUGUCAGGAUCUGCAGAUGUUUCAUUCUCUUCCUGCAGUUCUUAUCUAGGCUCUAGACAAAGUGGCACUAAUCUACAGCUUGUCCUAUUUCUGCAGAAGGCAUAUUUAAAUUGACCAAAUGGCCUAGCAGCCCAGAAGCCCUUACUCAGUUUUGGUGUCCGGGCCUCUGCAAUUUGGCCAGCAUUAACAUUACUUGAUGUCUCUUUUUAGAUGAAGAGUUUGUGCUUUAUUCCUUGGAGCGCAGGGUGUUUUAUAGAGGUGUAUGAAAUCAUGAGGGGAAUAAAUAGGGUGAAUUCACAGUCCUUUACCCAGAGAAGGGGAAUCAAGAACCAGAGGACAUAGGUUUAAGAUGAGGGGAAAGAUUUAUUAAGAACCUGAGGGGCAACCUUUUCACUGUGAGGGUGGUGGGUAUAUGGAACAAGCUCUCACGGGAGGUAGUUCUGGCAGGUACUAUAACAACAUUCAUUAUAGAAAUAUGCCGUAUGUUUAAACUAAACUAAAUAUUUAAAAGACACUUGGAUAGGUAUAACAUUUAGAUGGAUAUGGGCCAAGCUGGGAAGAUGGGACUAGUGUAUAUGGGGCAUCUUGGUCUGCCUGCCGAGUUUGGCCGUAGGGCUCUAAACAGAAGGAUUGGUCUGAUUGGCAUUCCUGACCUACAUCUGUGAGGAGAGAAUAAUGGAGCCUUAAAACUGGUUUAAUGAAGAGCUGUGUGGGAAGGAACUGCAGAUGCUGGUUUACACCAACAAUAGACACAAAAUGCUGGAGUAACUCAGUGGAACAGGCAGCAUCUCUGGAACGAAGGAAUGGGAAACGUCACCCAUUCCUUCUCUACAGAGAUGCUGCCUGUCUCGUUGUGCUACUCCAGCAUUUUGUGUCUAUCUUAAAUGAGCUGUUGCUCAUUGGUCUAUCCCACCUCCUACCCCAGGAGUCACUAUAACAUAGACUAGAACAGGAACAGGCCCUUCUACCCAUAUCUUUGCCGAACGUGAUGCUGAGUCCACCUCUUCGCUGCCUGCAUUUGAUCCAUAUCCCUCCAUUCCCUACAUAUCCACUGCCUAUCCAAAACUGUCAUAAACACCACCAUCGUAUGUGCCUCCACCACCAUCACUGCCAGUGUGUUCCAGGCACCCUCCACUUUAAACGUUGCCCCUCUCAACUUAAAGCUAUACCCUCUUGUAUGUUAUAUUUCAAUUCUGGGAAAUGGUACUGUUGGGCCUGUCCCACUUAGGCGACUACAGGCUUUCGGAGACAGUGGCGACAAUUUGGGCUGUGGUAGGUUGUCGCCAGGUAACGUAGCUGGUCGCUGGUGCUGAGUUCAGUGAAUUCCAUUGUCCUAGUCAUUGGCAGUCUUCUAAAAAAUGUACCUAAGUGGGACAGGCCCUUUACUAUCUACCCUAUCUACGCUGCUCAUAAUUUUAUAUACUUCUAUCGGGUCUCCCCUCAACCUCCGGCAUUCCAGAGAAAACAACCUCUCCCUGUAGCUAAUACCCUCCAAUCCAGUCAUCAUUCUGGUAAACCACAUCUGUACCCUCUCCAAUGGGUCCACAUCCUUCCUGUAAUGGAGUGACCAGAAAUGAUUUUAAAAAGUGACUGUCUGUGAUAUUCUGAUAUAUCAUCUUUUAAACAUAUUGAUAUUAUUGUUUCAAGUCGAAUUGUGCAGUCAGAUCUGAUUGUCAUAUAUUUUGAUAUCUAUUUAAGUAAUAUUGUGGCAGAGAUUACCUGUGAAUAUUAAAGGUUGAUCUGUCUGAAA